CUUUACGGAGUAUUCAGUUCAACAAGUCAAGGCUUGAAUAAGUUUGGAAUAAAUUCGGAAUUGUAUUGUUGUUGUCAGCAGAUGUGUUAAGUCCUUUGCAGCACCAUUUGCAGAACGAGAUGGAGAUGGAGCUGGAUCACCUGGAUGACCUGAAGGUGUUGCGCGAGCAGCGCCUCCAUGAAAUGAAGGAGUUGAACAACAAGAAGCAAGAGUGGCUCAAAUGUGGUCACGGCACCUACACGGAGCUGGCUGGCGAGAAAGAGUUCUUUGAGACGUCCAAGAAGUCAAACAAUAUCGUGAUCCACUUCUAUUGCGACGGCAACGAGCGCUGCCGCAUUGUAGACAUGCACCUGAUGAUAUUGGCCUCGAAGCACGUGGAGACCAAGUUCUGCAAGUUGAACGCCGACAAGUCGCCCUUCCUGACUUCCCGUCUGCGUAUCGUGGUAAUGCCCACCAUUGCCCUGGUGAAGGACAGCAAGGUAGAGGGCUUUAUUGUGGGCUUUACCAAUCUGGGCAACUGUGAUGAUUUCUCCACUGAGAUGCUCGAGUGGCGCAUCGGCCAAUCUGGGGCCAUUGACUACAACGGCGAUCUGAUGCAGCCGCCAGAAGGAAAACGCAAGCCAUGCCAGAUUGACUGAUGACUGAUUGAAGUCAUCCAAGAAGCUUAGAGGCUCCCAGCAACCAACACACACAAAAAGACACAAACUCAAAGUUACAAACGAAACGCACACAAAUCAGCAGCAACUAGAACAGGUAUCUAAUCCAAUCAGUCAUCAUUUGAACAGUCAUUUAUUUAUGGGGCAGAGCCACUAACUCCAGCACUCCCAACUCCGCACAUUCCCACAAAUUGUAAAUGGCUAAUUCAGAUAAAUGCACAAUUUACGCAUAAUUUGCCACUUUUUGGCGCAAUUUCAACAUGUUUUAUGCUAGUCAUUUGCACUCAGCAUAGAGUGGGCGCAGCACGCUUUGAAAUUGUUCAUGGAAAAUAAUAAUGA